UGCCACUGACGGGAGCGCGCACGUAGCUGUCAGCAGCAGCCAUCGGAAAUGUAGGGGCUGGUGUUGAAUGUACCAGCAAUACGACCAAACUGAUCUACGUUUGGAGAGAAACGCGGACCCGUAUGGCGUAAUAUUAUAUGCUUUUGGAAGAUUGGGUGUACAUUUCAGGAAGGGCCUUAAUGCAACAAUGACAGAGACUGUAGUCCAGGCGGCCAGCUAGCUAAUACAACACCCUGGCCUUGUCCUAAAUAUUAGCCAGCAAGCUAGGCUAACUUGCUUGCUAGGUAAUUUUGGGGGACAUCGCGCCUCCUCCUAAACUGAUCAGCAUUUAUCUAUUUUGCUUUUUGCUUUGACUGUGCAGCUUCUGUGUUUUCAUCGAACGGAGGAACUUUGUGAACCGGAGCUGUGGGGGGCCCGAGGACAGGAACCCCCUGGGCGUCCAGGCGGACGGAUCACAUACUACAAGACACGCGGGCCGUAGGUGAGGACAAGGAGGAGCCAUGGCUGAGAUCUCCGCCCUAACCGCCUCACCUCCAGCUAUGGGGGAACCCACUACUACCCCACCCCUUCCCCCACCCUCUACGGCCCCCGCCCCUCCAAGUAGCACUGCCCAAGAUCCCCUUAAGCAGUUUCAUAUCCCUGUGUCCACUCUGUAUGCUGACAAAUCUUCUCUGAAAUUAACUGUGCCAGGGGAGGCACUCCCUACAAACCCUAUUUCUCCUAAGAGAGGGGGGAGAGGACCUCCCCCGAGUCCCCCCAAACGCGUCUCAUCAGCGUUAACUCCAGAGACCCCUGUUCCCUCACCUCUAAAACCACCAGAGGGUCCUGCACUACUGCCUGUAGUAGCCACAGAUAAUCCUGACAUCCUGCCUGUGGGUGGUGUGUUAGCAGGAACCAGCUCCGUUCGGGCAUUGGAGCAGGAGGUCAGUGAAAGAGCGGUCGAGGAGCCGCUGAGUGGCCCUUCAGAGGGUGCUAAACAGGCAGGCUGUGAGCCCGGGCUCCCGGGACUAACGCCGCAGACAACCAGCCCAUCGUCCGAUCGUAAUCCCCGCCCUAAUCUCUACCCCAGUGUUCAUGUCUCUUUGAACCCUAAUCCUGCUACUGAUGAUGCACAGCCUCCCCCUGUCCAGGAGGCCCCGCCUUCCACUCCCUGUCCUCCGGACUCCACCCAAACAACAGCCGUCCCCGAGGCGCCAAAUCCCCAGCCACCAGAAGAAUGCCUGAACCCUGACCCUCCGCCCCUUCCCAGAGUGGACCCCCCCCAGUCUGUCUCCCAUAAAGGCUGAGCUGCCCAGCCCUCCAGUCAUCCAGGAGCCGGACCCUUUCUCCCUGCCCCGCCCCCGGGCCCCAGCCCCGGACACCCUCAGCUACUUGGAGUCAGCCAGCAUGAUGUCAGGGACCCUGGAGUCUCUGUCCGGCAUCGGGGAGGAUGGGAGCUCCAUCGGGUCGGACUCCGAGAUCAACGGCCUGGCUGUCAGACGCACUGACAAAUAUGGCUUCCUCGGUGGGACCCAGUACAGCGAGGGCAGGUGGGCAUGUGACAAGGACAUUAGAGUUGAUGUGGCGCGGCAGAGAGAGAUGAAAUGGCUAGACAUGUUCAACAAUUGGGACAAAUGGGUCUCAAGACGCUUCCAAAAGGUGAAGUUGCGCUGUAGGAAGGGCAUCCCCUCCUCCCUCAGGGCCAAAGCCUGGCAGCUGCUCUCUAACAGCAAGGAGCUCCUGGACUCAAACCCCGGCAGGUUUGAGGAGCUGGAGCGGGAGCCAGGGGACCCUAAAUGGUUGGACAUAAUAGAGAAGGACCUUCACAGACAGUUCCCCUUCCAUGAGAUGUUCGCUGCUCGCGGUGGACAUGGGCAGCAAGAUCUGUUCCGGGUGCUGAAGGCCUACACAGUGUACCGUCCCGAGGAGGGCUACUGCCAGGCCCAAGCUCCCGUCGCCGCUGUCCUGCUGAUGCACAUGCCUGCCGAGCACGCCUUCUGGUGUCUGGUGCAGAUAUGCGAGACGUACCUGCCUGGGUAUUACAGCGCCGGACUGGAAGCGAUUCAGUUGGAUGGAGAGAUCUUCUUCUCCCUGCUCCGACGCGUCUGUCCCAUGGCCUACCGUCACCUGAAGAAGUUCAAGAUCGACCCCAUCCUCUACAUGACGGAGUGGUUCAUGUGUGUGUUCUCCCGCACCCUGCCGUGGGCCAGCGUGCUGCGGGUCUGGGACAUGUUCUUCUGCGAGGGGGUGAAGAUCGUGUUCCGCGUGGGCCUGGUUCUGCUGAAGCAGAUGCUCGGCUCGGUGGAGAAACUCCGGGAGGUCCAGGGCAUGUAUGAAACCAUGGAGCGCCUCAGGAACAUCCCCCCGGAGUCCAUCAGAGAGGAUCUCCUGGUACAGGAGGUGGUGUCCCUGGCCGUGACCGAGGCUCUGAUUGAGAGGGAGUGCACCAUUCAGGUUCGGAAGUGGCGGGAGUCGAGGGGCGAACUGACUCACCAGCCUGGCAGGAGGCUCAACGGUACGCGGGCCAUCCACGAGCACAAGCGUCGGGCCUCAGCCAUCAGCUCUGGGGGGAGCUUCUCCUUCCUGGGAUCCAUCCCCCCUCCGGGGCCCCUCCGGGCCUCCUCCAGCCUGCUUUCCCUCCCCGGCUUCCGCAAGUCCAAAACCCCUUUCUAUCCUCAGAAGAAGGGCUCCUUCUCUGGGGGCUCUGGGCUUGAGGCCGCGCAUCCACUGAAUCCCUAUGCACCAUCUUCAAGCCCCGCCUACAAACCGCCCAUGUCUGGGGCUUCUGUAGCCAGGGCCCCGGGCGCUCCGAGUCCUCUGGUUGGCUCUGGUCCGGGCCCCUCGACCGGCCCCUCCCAGACCUCUGCGCAGAGUGGGCCCGGCGCGUUAGGCCCUGGACAGCACACGGCGCCCCAAACCCUUGCUCCCAAAGUCACGUCGGAGGAGAUCACACCCACCAUCCCCUCUCCCACCGCCAACAACACGCCUCUGCCCCCGUGCCCAGAUGGAGACAGGGGAGGUACAGGAGGAGAGGAAGACAAGAAGAAGAAGAAGAGCAAGGACGACAAGAAGAGAGAGAAGGAAGAGGAGAAGAGGAAAGAGAAGGAGAAGAAGGAGCGGGAAAAAGCUGACAAGGAGAGACAGAAGAAGGAGAAGGAGCGGGCAGAAAAAGAGAAGAAGAAAGACAAGGGUAAGAAAAGGGACAAGGGGGGUGGAGAGACAGAAGGGAAUAAUGGAGCUGCAUCACAGAGAGAUUCGGCCUAGAUUCCUCCGCCAUUACAGAGAAGAGGACCGGGACACUAGAGACCCCC